AUGCUUGCCGUUCUACUUGCUUUGUUGCCAUUGGCGGCUUCUCAUGAUGUUAAACCUAUCCAAUUUGGUCGGCCCGCCCCUAUAGGUACUUUGAUCUCGCUCCCCACCCCAGCAGCCAGUAACGAACGUCCGAUCAACAAGAGCGAGCAAGAACAAUAUGCAUCGCAUGUACACCUGGAAGACACGGUGGACCAAAUACAACUUCUAAUGGACGCCGACUUUACUGAAAUUGACGAUUCACUGGAGGAUUCUGGCGAGUUCGAUCAAUAUGUUCCCGUCGGUACCACCGAUGAUACUACGCUUGUGCGACGAGCCAACGGCAUCGAGAAGCGUGCAGCUUUCCGCGGAACUAUGCAAAUCGAUUGUUUGGAAGCGCCUGAAGUCUGCCAGAACGCCUGCUGGUACCAGAACUGCUUGAUGGAUGCAAAAGGAGUUACGACAACGAUCAAGUACCAAGACGGUGGCCGCAACAGUGCCCGUGACAGUGCAAACCGCCUGCAGUCUGGUGUGACGACAAGUCGCGGACGCCCGUGCACUACCUGGCCAUUUGGACAGAAGUUCUGGGAUACCUACCAGUUCAACCCAAAUCCAGUUGAGGAAUCCGAAAAGUACCUGGAGACGGACGAAUGGCCAAUGGCUUCCUUCGAGAACCCAGCCUUCGACGAGACCGCCAACCCUCCUCAGCAUACUCUGAGAUGUAUCACUGGACAGAGCAACAAGGGCGGUGCUCGUGCAUGGACGAACUUCCGAAGAGGUCACGGCCCAUAUGCUGAGGGCGGUAAAUGGGAGAACUUCCGAUUGGGAGCAAAGACGCACUUUGUUCGAUACGACGAGUUCAACGUUGCGUUCAACUUUGAUUCUUUUGAUCCAAAUAAUGCUGAUCAUCAAAACGUGAGGAAAACUCUGACCUUCUGCGAAGCACCAUAUGCCAACUGCAAGAACGACGGCCGGCAAUUCCACAUGAGUAAACUCGUCACCAACAGCAAAAGCACAGGACAACUGGCCUGGCCGUACGAUGCGACAACGCAGAACGCAUACCAGCUCGACUACGAGGGCACAGACAUCAAGCAGUAUCACGUCACUCUCGCCAUCACUGGAGAUGACCAGGACGAAGUUGCUGCUCAAGUCUCUGUUUACGAAAACGGCGACGAGACGAUCGUCGCCACUAGAGACUCAACAACAGACUCUUCGUUGACGAUGGAAGAUGGCGACUCGUUCUCCAUCAAAGGCAAUCUGCCCAAGACGCUGAAAGUCGAGAAGAGCGGCAUCGGUUGUGGGACUUUCAAGUUCACAUACGGCGACGCUCAAGCGGAUGGGUUGGCGGUCUUUGGGUUCGACAGUGAGGACAUUGGCUAUGGCAGAUGGUCGCAUACUGAGAAGGGGAGGAAUUCUGGUCGUUACUGCGUACCUGAGGAUAUUCAAGGGCAGGAUGCGAAUGGGGCUGCUAUUGUGAUUGGAACGAGGUUAAAGUGUUCUUUUCCUGGCUGGUAG